AAAAGAUUUCUAAGUCUUUGCAUGUCCUCUCUCUCUGUUUUAACGCACAAAGUUUUCUUCCCUGAUUGAUCCAUAUUCUCUCUCUACUCUCUUUCUAAAAAUAGACUUAUUUAAGCUAGAAAAAGCCCAAAAAGGUUAUACCAAUUCUCUCUCUUUCUCUCUCCCAAGCAUCAAACAUGUCUGAUUCUUCUCCUUGGUUAAAGCUUCGAUUUUUUCUACGCAUCCGACGGUUCCUCCAGCUAAAGACCUCUAACAAACGAUACACACCGUCCGAUAGCUUUGAUAAACCAAGAGUGAUAGAUAUUGAUGAAGAAGAAAAACAAGAACAUGACAUGGGCAUGGAAAAGAGAGAGGAGGGUGAUGAAGAGGAAGAUGGGUUGGUGGUUUUGCAAAGGUCAGUGAAGAGACUUCAUUUUGGGAGGUGGGAAGAGAAGGAAGUGGCAGCGAAGGAGAUAAGGAGGUUGGCUAAAGAAGACUUGAAGAUGAAGAAAUCGCUGGCGGAGCUUGGGGUUGUGCCGCCGCUGGUGGCUAUGGUUGGUGAGGAGGUCGGUGGUCGGAGGAGGUUGGCGGUUCAAGCCCUAAUUGAACUUGCUAACGGAACUUACAUGAACAAGGCACUAAUGGUAGAGGCAGGCAUAUUAUCAAAAUUACCCGAAAACGUCGACGUUUUGGACAAAUCAACAAUACAUGAAUUGGCCCAAUUGCUUCUAUCCAUAUCAUCUCUAUCCAAUAGCCAAUUCCCUCUCACCUGCAUCAAAAUUCUCCCAUUUCUAGUUGGCAUUCUAGAGUCCAAUUCAAGCAUUGAAACCAAAAUGUUGUGUUUGGGCACAUUGUACAAUUUUUCCACAAUGCUGGACCAUGCAGGGACCUUGGUCACAGAUGGGGUGGUCCACAUCCUCUUGAGAAUGUCCUUGAUGAAAGAAACAUCUGAAAAGGCCCUUGCAACCCUAGGGAACUUGGUGGUGACAUUUUUGGGGAAAAAGGCCAUGGAAAACAACCCAAUGGUGCCCGAAAACUUGAUUGAAAUCUUGACAUGGGAGGACAAGCCCAAAUGCCAAGAACUUUCCACAUACAUUUUGAUGAUUCUGGCCUAUCAAAGCGCCGCAAAAAGAGAGAAAAUGGUCAAGUCUGGGAUUGUCCAAGUUCUCCUAGAAGUGGCCUUAUUGGGUAGCCCUUUGGCCCAAAAAAGGGCAUUGAAAUUAUUGCAAUGGAUUAAAGAUGAGCAACAAGCGAAAAUGGGACCUCAUUCAGGGCCACAGACAGGGAGGGUAGCAAAUAUUGGAUCACCGGUUAAUCAGAGAGAGAUCUACGAAGGGAGGAAGAUGAUGAAGAAUAUGGUGAAACAAAGUCUUUGUAAGAACAUGGAAACGAUUACUCGACGAGCCAAUCCUAUAGAGGAUUCUUCUUCUUCUAAGCUCAAGGCAUUGGUUAUUAGUUCUAGUUCUAAGAGCUUGCCCUAUUAGUGACUCAUUUGGCAUCUCAACAAAUAUGAAAUCUUUUUGUACAAAGUUUUAUUUCAACAAGUUCACAUUUUCCCAUAGAAAGAGAAGUGAGAAAUGAACUCCUUCCACCAAAGUGCACACUUUGUGCAGCUGCUUAAUUACAUUGGUUGUACAUUAUGGAAAAAUAAAGAUUCUAUUUUUUUUAACCCAAGGAAAAUGAUGAAAUUU